CCUGGGGCUGCGCUUCUUACAGAAAAAGAUGGCAAAGCAUUUCAUCCAACUUACGAAGAAAAACUGAAGCUUGUGGCACUGCAUAAGCAGGUUCUUUUGGGCCCAUAUAAUCCAGACACUUGUCCUGAGGUUGGAUUCUUCGAUGUGCUGGGGAAUGACAGGAGGAGAGAAUGGGCAGCGCUGGGAAACAUGUCUAAGGAGGAGGCCAUGGUGGAGUUUGUCAAGCUCCUAAACAGGUGCUGCCAUCUCUUCUCAACAUACGUCACAUCCCACAAAAUAGAGAAGGAAGAGCAAGAAAAGAAGAGGAAGGAGGAGGAGGAGCGCAGGCGGCGGGAAGAGGAGGAGAGAGAACGUCUGCAGAAGGAGGAAGAGAAACGUCGGAAAGAAGAAGAAGAAAGGCUCAGGCGGGAGGAGGAAGAGAGGAGGCGGCUGGAAGAAGAGAGGCUUCGGUUGGAGCAGCAGAAGCAGCAGAUAAUGGCAGCUUUAAACUCGCAGACCGCCGUGCAGUUCCAGCAGUACGCAGCCCAGCAGUACCCGGGCAACUAUGAGCAGCAGCAGAUCCUCAUCCGCCAGCUGCAGGAGCAGCACUACCAGCAGUACAUGCAGCAGCUGUAUCAAGUCCAGCUCGCCCAGCAGCAGGCAGCAUUACAGAAACAACAGGAGGUAGCAGUAGCGGGGGCUCCUUCGCCUACAUCAUCGAAAAUUAAUGCAGCUGUACCAAGCGAUAUGAUGUCAGUUAAUGGACAGGCCAAAACCCACACUGACAACUCUGAGAAAGAGCUUGAGCCAGAAGCUGCAGAAGAAGCCCUGGAGAAUGGACCAAAAGAUUCUCUUCCAGUAAUAGCAGCUCCAUCCAUGUGGACGCGACCCCAGAUCAAAGACUUUAAGGAGAAGAUCCGGCAGGACGCGGAUUCCGUGAUCACGGUGGGCCGAGGAGAGGUGGUCACUGUUCGUGUACCCACCCACGAAGAAGGAUCCUAUCUCUUCUGGGAAUUUGCCACAGACAGUUAUGACAUUGGGUUUGGGGUAUAUUUUGAAUGGACAGACUCUCCGAACACUGCUGUCAGCGUGCAUGUCAGUGAAUCCAGCGAUGACGAGGAGGAGGACGAAGAAAACAUCCCUUCUGAAGAGAAAGCCAAAAAGAAUGCCAACAAGCCCUUGCUGGACGAGAUUGUGCCUGUGUACCGACGGGACUGUCACGAGGAGGUGUACGCCGGCAGCCACCAAUACCCAGGGAGAGGAGUCUACCUCCUCAAGUUCGACAACUCCUACUCUUUGUGGAGGUCAAAGUCAGUCUACUACAGAGUCUAUUAUACGAGAUAAAGAUGUUACUGCAGAGCCUGGAGCCUAGGGCUGGGCAGAAGAUGGCAUUUAGUUGGGAAGUUUCUUUUGACUUUUGUGGAGCAUUGCAGUGAGUGUUUGCCCUGUUGGUUGUGGUCUGAUGGUUUGUGAACUCUUGUUGAGAAUCGGGACUUCCUGGAGACUCUUUAGCAUUAAUCCUUGGGGUUAAAGGGGUUCCUCAGACCUAGCCUGCUGUUCGGUGCCGACCAGCAGCAUCCCUAGAGGAUGCGGAAGUUCCGUGAGCUGUUACAUCUUUAAAGUCUCCAGAAUAAACAUCCCGCGGUGGAGCCCCGCUGGGUUAGUCCCCUGCUACCUGCCCGAUGUGUUUAUGGGAGCCCACAGUUACAGCGCCCUCUCGUGAAAUCCUUACGUUAGUGUUCUUCCCGAGGCACACAACUGGGAAGAUCACGAUUUUUAAAACUUAAAAACUCGAGACCUCACAGAUUAUAGUGGGAAAUAGUUGCUUCAAUUUGAUGUGGUUGUGAAUGACCCAGAUUGGUUUUUGCUUUGGGAACAGCUGCUUAGUUCAGAGUUACAUUACAGGGAGUUACUUUCUGAGAUGAUCUUAAAAUAGAAUGUCCACACCCAAUUGCUGAUGCAAGUGUCAGCACACGCAGACCACCUCGACACCCUCGCCUCCACGGCUCACGGGCCUCUUCAUUUGGUGUGUAUACUGCCUGUAGCAGCCCAAAAGCCACUCAUAUUUGUCUUGAUUUGGCUUUGUGUAAGAGCAUCUCCAAUUGAAACUGUUUUCUACACAAGCAUAUAGUUACAUAUAAACAGUUUUGUAAACUCAAAUUGCCACCCACUGAAUUAAAAAUAGAGAAAAUCAUUUAAAUAUAAUUCAGUGUAUGAAGAAGAACAUUGCACUAUGUGGAGAUCACUGCCAGAGACGGCCCAUUUUUAAUUGGUUGCUCCUUAGGCACAAACCCUCCAGGACUUCUGUUUGGAAUUACUAGAGAAUCGGACGUGCAUAUGCCCACGCUGAAAUUUUUUAUGGCUUUAGUCUGUAUUAUGUUUUUAUUGAUGGGAAGAGGUACACCUUCGUUUUCUUCACUGGAAACAAAUAUGGGUUAAUUAAUUGCCUCCGAUAUAUAUACGUGAUUGACUAGUCUAGAGAUUCUUGUUUUCAGAGGGAGGGUAGUACAGAUAGAAAAUGACAACGAUGGCAAUAUACACACGUAAUGUUACUCUAUGUUGUUACUGAAAUACUUCCAUUUUUUACAUGUCAGAUCCUAAGUCACUCUGUAGGAGGGCUCCCCUGCAGUGGGUACAGUUCACUACAUAAGGAAGGGGCUGUUGGUUUUGUGUGCUGCGUUCUUUCUGUUUUUUUAAUACCUGGUUUUGUACAUACCUAACUGUUCUCUUCUGUUGUUUGGAAACUGGAUUAUUUUUCCUAAGAAGUGCUUAACCUGUGUUUUUUCAUUUUGAUUAGUUUCAGCUCAUAGACGUUCACACUGUUACAUUAGAGCACUUGUCAGCUGUCCGUCAGCUCUCAUGUACAUACGGUCUAGAAACCACGGGGUUAGGCACUUCCGGGCUGUUUUGUUGUGUUUUGUUUUGUUUUUUUAAUGAGAAAAUACUGUAUUUAAAAUGUAAAAUAAACUUUGAAAAAGCAGGCACUAAUAUAUAUUUCUUCCAGCCUUUGAUUACAGACUUGUCCUUGCACAUGUUAAGAUGAAUUAUCUUCUAAAGUAUCAUUGUUCUUGGGAGCAGUGUGUGUGUGACUUCACAUAGCAGCGGUUCCUGUCACGUGUCCACGUCAGAACAUUGUGGGUUUAAACUUUUAUAUUGCCUUUGGCUGUUGAUUAGUACAGUUCAAAUGCGAUUUCAAAGAGAUCUUGGAAAAUAUAUAUUUAAUCAAUUAAAAUGUUUAUCUGUAA